AUGAGCCUAAAGCAGAUAAUAUCGGAUUUGGAACAGAACAUUUUUUUACCUCACGAUCUAAUAGCAUCUGAAGGGUCUGGUCAGCAAUACAAGUGCAAGGUUAAAUAUGAUAUAGUGGACGACGCAGCGAUGCUACAAUGCGGAUGCAUUUUGUCCGAGGCACUUUACAAAAAAUGGGUGAAACGGUGUGAUGGUAGACAGUCGUGUCCAUUAUGUUUCAAGUCUCCAUCUGUCCUCGUAGGCCCUAUCGGGCCGCUUAGGAACCUAUAUCAUCAGUUACAUUUCUUCAAGGAGGACAAGGCAGAGGAGCUGGUACCGAUGCGGAAGAAAUCCUCUGAGCAGCAAUCACUGCUAUCUUUAUUUCACAGCGUGGCAUCUAAACUGAAUAACACGGCAGAAAAUAUAGUUACAGACGCCCAUUCGCUGGACAACGUCUCUAAUGCUAAAACCAUGCCAAUUCAAGAUUCCAGAUCUACGUCGAUACCUAUUACAACCACACCAUCGCAGCCCUCUGUCCAAAUCUCCCAGUUGGAUGAGGAAAAGGAGUUCUAUUUUGCAAAAUGCUUCCCUAUGUAUCGCAAGCGCUCACAGUUCAACACGCACCCCAAGUUUUUAAGGACGAGGAGCAAGCUUUUUAUCAACACUGCGAUCUCUCCUGAUUGUACUAAAUUUGCAUUAAUAACGGAGCACAAAUGGGAAGUGUAUUCAAUUCCAUUAGAACACAAAAGACAUAAUGAUCACUCUUCCAAGACGAAAGACUCCGCAAAGCGGUUUAUUGAUACUGCAAGGCAGAAAAAGGAGCAUAUGAACAGUGGCAAAGAGCCCGAAUUACUGUUUUGUGGAAAAUCUAGUGGUGAAUUUGGUCCAAAUUUCGAUAAGUUAUCGAUGCCUUCUGAUCUGCGGGCCUUGCAUCCAAUAUACGCUUGGGAUGAUUCCCAAAUCUCUUCCUCUUCAGCACAAUCACCAGACAGCUCGUUUCAUUGGGAGCAUCUUUAUUGUAAACUGUCUGACAAAUUUUUAGUGAUAUCUGGCUCCAAGGGGCAUUUCCGUGUUUUUGAUUUACUUCGAGGAGGGGAGCCUAUAUAUACCUAUGGUUCAACAUUUCCCAUACGAUGUAUUGACAUAGAUCCUCAGAGCUCAGUUAUUGCGUGCGGCAUUACAGGUAAUGAUAGAGCAAGCGGCGCAGAGCAGGCCCUGAUUUUAUUUCAUAAAAUUGAAAGAGACACUACUAAGGUCGUGAAUUCUUUUGAUACUGAUGAGAUUCAUUUUCCUCCUCCAAUUACAAUUACAUUACCAUAUCGAGAUCCCAUAAACACUUUGCAAUUCUCUCCAGAUAGUGCCUACCUUUCAUGUUCUACAGCCUUAGAGUCUAGAUUUUUGGUGAUAUCACUUAGGAAGAUAAAUGAGCCUAGACUUGUUAUGAAAUCGCUUCGUUCAAUAGAUACUUCCUUGGAGUCUGAAGGAAUUACAGACACAAAAAUAUUUCCAGGCAACUCCAACCUGAUGUGCGUUACCUCUGUAGCCUUCAAUGCCCCGCCUAUCGUCAUCAAUACGAAAAUUCAGACAAUUAAUGGAGUUCAAACAGUGGCUCAACCUACAAUGCUACUACGGCUGGACGAACUGGGUUCAAAGAUUCACAAGUGCGAAAUUUCGCCCAGAAAUGACUCGAUUGCUUUUUUGGACAGAAAUGGCACUGUCUAUAUAAUGUACGCACCUACAUUGUUAGACAAUGAGAAGAGAAGAGUCGUUGCCGUUGAGGAAGUUGCAAAUGCCUACCGAAUGAGAGAGGCGGCGUCACUAAGAUUUAGUGCAGAUGGACAUAGGCUCUAUUUGCUAGAUAGGAAAGGGACUUUGUACGUUGAAGAUUUUGCAUAUGGUUUGCCCCAAGAUCACGAAGUGACUAAAUGCAAACAAAUUAAUUGA